AUGGGCGUUGCACCCUCGCAUGAAGCAUUCCUGGGGUUGCGCCUCGGAUUCGUCCGUCUACUCGGGGGGGAAAAGAACGAAUGGAUCAGUUCGUUUGUGCGAAGUGUUCCCUGUACUGACUUUUUUCCCCCGCUUGACUCGCUUGGUUUUAUUCUUGCUGGUUCCCCGUUGUCAUUGUCUGGAUUCUUUUGCCUCUCCACGAACAAGAUGGCUGUGGCGGUACGCGAGACCAUCUCCCAGGAUGGCGUAACACCACUCAAGACGAAGGGCGAGAUAGAUGAAGUGCGCUUGGAGGCUGCUCUGGGCCAUAAGCAAGAAUUGAAGCGCAAUUUUGGGCUUUGGAGUUUGACGAGUCUAGGCAUUGUCAUUGCAAACUCCUGGGCAUCGACGGGCGGAACAAUCGUCGCCGCCCUUCAGAAUGGGGGGCCUAUGGCCGUUAUCUAUGGUCUUGUCCUCGUCAGCAUUUUCUACACUGCCAUCUCAGCAUCGUUGGCCGAACUAUCGUCCUCCAUGCCGUCCGCAGGUGGCGUCUACUACUGGUCAUCAGUCCUAAGUCGAAGCGGAGGCCAUGGACCGGGCUUCUUCACGGGCUAUCUCAAUGCCUGCGCAUGGCUUUUAUCGGCCGCGUCGAUGAGUUCCAUGCUGGGAAACGAAGCGGUGGCAAUGUACCUGCUCAAACAUACAAGUAUUCCCUGGCACGCCUGGCAGGUAUUCAUUGUCUUCCAGAUCGUCAAUUGGUCCUGCUGUGCGAUUGUCUGCUUCGGCAACCGCUUCAUCCCAUUGAUCAAUCGGAUCGCCCUCGUGUUAUCCAUGUGCGGACUCGUGGUCACAGUGAUUGUGCUGGCUGUGAUGCCCCAGAAACAUGCAAGCAACGCCCAGGUAUGGACGGAAUACCACAAUCGGACCGGGGGUUGGUCGGACGGGGUCUGCUUCAUGACCGGACUAUUGAACGCGGCCUUUGCAGUCGGGACGCCCGAUUGUAUUAGCCAUCUUUCCGAAGAAGUGCCAAAACCGGAGAGCAAGGUACCCCAAGGCAUCAUGUUGCAAAUGCUGACAGCCUUCAUUACGUCUUUCGUCUACCUGAUCGCCCUUUUCUACUCCAUCCAGGACCUGGACGCCGUCUACGCCAGCAACAUCGGCUUCUUCCCAACCGCCGAGAUCUACCGACAAGCCACCGGCUCCAAUGCAGGCGCCAUCGGUCUCAUUGCCGUGCUAUUCCUUGCUACAUUCCCAACGCUGAUCGGCACCUUCGUCACCGGCGGACGCAUGUGGUGGUGUCUCGCCCGAGAUAACGCAACCCCCUUCGCGAGUUACUUCGCCCAAGUCCACCCCACCCUCAACUGUCCCGUCCGCGCAACAGUGGCCAUGAGCGCAAUGGUGACCUGUCUCGGAUGCAUCUACGUCGGCAGCACGACGGCCUUCCAAGCCCUCAUCUCCUCGUUCAUCGUGCUGAGCUCAAUGUCCUACUUCGGCGCGAUCUUCCCGCACGUUCUAUCCGGUCGCCGCAACAUGGUUCCAGGACCCUUCUACAUGGGACAGAAACUAGGCAUGGCAGUGAACAUCACGUCGUUGAUAUACAUCAUGGUGACGGUGGUGUUCUUCUGCUUCCCGUUUGUGUUGCCCGUCACCGUACAGAGUAUGAACUAUACCAGCGUGAUCACCGUCGGAUUGAUGACUCUCACCGCACUGUGGUGGAUCUGCCGCGGCAGGCACGAGUACCGGGGCCCACAAUACAGCUUCGAGGCGGCAGAAAGACUGAGUGCGUUUCAGUCUGGUAAGGAGGGUCGUCGAUCGUUUAUUGAUGUUGCGAGUCCGGCGCCGACACCUUGUCGGGAGGAUCAUAUCCACGUGAAAUGA